AAGCUAUGAGAAGUCUUUCAUCCCGCUUGAAAUAUUUUGCGGAUUGUUGCUCUCUUCAUGGAUUGCGAUAUUUGGGUAACCGGUGCAAAUUUCGUGGAAGAAUAUUUUGGUUGUGUAUACUCAGUUGCUCACUAACUUCAAUGAGCUACAUAUUUUUGUAUACUCUAAAAUCUUUCGAUGAGACGGUUAACAUUCAUAUUGAUACUUCUCACCUUCGAUGGAAUAACACAUUUCCCGCUGUAUCAAUAUGCUAUACAAAAGGACGCAUUAUAAAUUCCAUAGCAAAUUUUUUUGAAAAUCACUGGAGGGAAAACAAUAUUUCUAAACCAGCCAAAUCUAGUAACUAUUUUCGGCUAGCACAAAGUUACUUGUUCGUGAGUCCUAAUAGUAAUAUUGAUUUACGUGGUAGUGUAUGUACAGGAAUGAAUAGUACGUGUGAUAUGAACUGGGAAACAAUGCAAAAAAUGUACUAAUAAUUAUUUCUGAGGGGACUUCAUACUACUGGACGUCAGCUUUGAAAGACCCCCGAACACAAUUAUGGUCGUGUUGCAUGCACCGGCAUUUAGCAAAGCCUAUUGUAGGACAAACAUCGAU